UCGGCGAUUCUGACAGAUCGAUAGUUCGUGGCGCUGACGGUUAACCAUCAAUUGGCUUGACGUUCGAAACAUCAUCGAUGGAUUAGAAGGCAAAAAACAAGAAACGAUCACUAAUGUCUCGAUAAAUUGAUAAGUGAUCGGCCACGUGACUGUACAUACGAGCAAUUCCGCGGCUGCCUGACAAAUUCGCGGUAGGAUAUUCAGUGCGAGAGCUGUUCGAACGAUUGACACGUGAUCGUUUGCACGGUGCGAUUCAUCGUUUCUUCGCAUUUCGCGCGAUCGUUUCUCGAUCAUCUAAAGUUCUUGUAGUCGACGCGAUUACCCGCUCGUGCAACUUGGGAUUAUGGUAUCUCUUCAAUCACAUAAUCAGGUACUAUACCAUCUAACACAGUUGACAUUGGCUGUGACACCUAGAACUACCUCAGUUCAAAUAAUAAGACCAGAUAAAUCUCUACAAAAAAAUGCGGACGAUAUUUGUCGGGACAGCCUCGAGGAGGCGGCGAGAAAUUGUACUGAGCUGCCAGAGAUAAGCUUAAAUGCUUUGAGCAUGUUGAGACUGAAGGAGGAUAAGGUAUGCAUGAUGCUGGAUGACAUAGCUGUUAGUAUACUCGGGAAACCUCUAAACGAAACCAACAAAUGGCGAGUAUCUUACUUAUCGGGUCUAAGCUUCACCGAGAACAAACAGGGCUUCUCGUGCUCGCCGUUGAUGGAACCCAUCAUCUUACCUGCCAUCCAUCUCGCGUCUAAGCAGCAACGCAAACUGCUGCAUACCUGGCAUGUCAAGGCGCUGCGCAAUCAUAGUCAUGUACCGAUUCGUACGUUCAAGUCGCAACGUAGCAUCAAAAUGGAACUGGAGCAAAACCGUCCGUUCAUGAGCAGACUGAAAAAGUGGCUGGGCUUGUCCUCGAAUGUUCAAGUGAACAUGCAGGACCUAAAGAAAACAGAUUACGACAGACUGAAGCAGAUCUUUAACAGUACGGAGACCGACGAGCAGAAGAGAAUGAAACUCGCUUUCGCAGAGGGAUACGAGUCUGGACUACUCCGGCAGUCGCGAGGCCAAUACUUUGUGUUGAAGAUCAUGCAGAGAUUGAUAACUCUUUUUAUAAUUAUUAGUCUGAUCCUUGGCAUAUCGCUUUACGUUAGUUACCCCGGCGGAGGAGUAUUCAAGCUGUCUAUGGGCCACAGGAUCGAAAUCAAUCCCGAGGACAUCAACGUCACUUUUAGCGACGUUAAAGGGGUAGAUGAGGCGAAACAGGAGCUUCUGAAUGUGGUGGAAUUCUUGAAGAAUCCUGACAAAUUUUCCGCUCUCGGCGGAAAAUUGCCGAAGGGUGUUCUGCUGGUUGGUCCACCGGGAACGGGAAAGACGCUAUUGGCGCGCGCGGUUGCCGGUGAAGCCGGUGUACCCUUCUUCCACGUGGCAGGUCCCGAGUUCGAUGAGAUUCUAGUCGGUCAGGGUGCUCGGCGCGUUCGGGACUUGUUCAGAGCGGCAAAGGAAAAAGCGCCGUGUGUAGUGUUCAUCGAUGAGAUCGAUUCCGUGGGCGCGAAGAGGACGAACUCGGUUCUCCAUCCGUACGCGAAUCAGACGAUUAAUCAGUUGCUCUCUGAGAUGGACGGUUUUCGUCAGAACGAGGGAGUCAUAGUCCUCGGCGCCACGAAUAGACGCAAGGAUCUCGAUAAGGCACUGAUGCGUCCCGGCCGCUUCGACGUUGAGAUCUACGUUAACAAGCCCGAUUAUCUCGGCCGUAAGGAGAUACUGGAUCUCUACUUGUCCAGAAUAUUAACGCACGACAUCGAUACCGUCUACCUGGCUCGCUGCACUACGGGCUUCACUGGAGCUGAUAUUGAAAAUAUGGUAAACCAAGCUGCAUUACGCGCGGCGAUCGACGAGGCGGACUAUGUGACCAUGAAGCACCUGGAAUACGCUAGGGAUAAGGUGUUGAUGGGUCCCGAGGGGAAGCUCAAGUCGCGCGACGAAGAAGUCAAUCGUAUCACGGCGUACCACGAAGCGGGACACGCUCUCGUAGCGUUUUACACGAAGGAUGCCACGCCGCUUCAUAAAGUUACCAUCGUGCCACGAGGACCGUCGUUAGGCCACACUUCUUUCAUGCACGAGAAAGACGUUUAUUAUACCACGCGAGCGCAGCUGUUAGCCACUUUGGAUUCCAUGAUGGGCGGUAGAGCCGCGGAGGAGUUAGUUUAUGGGACAGACAAAAUAACAACAGGAGCAUCGUCCGAUCUAAUGGAAGCAACGAAGAUAGCAGAAACGAUGGUGAAGAAUUUCGGGAUGUCGGACAAGGUGGGAUUUAGGUCGAUAUCGGACGGUAAGGAGUUUUUCGGAAAUGGCAUUACGUACGCGGCAAGCACGACCGAGGCCAUCGACUAUGAAGUAAAGCGGCUUCUUCAGGAAUCGUAUGAACGCGCGAAAACGAUUUUAAAAACGCACGCGAAGGAACACAAGCAGCUAGCAGAAGCCCUAUUGCAGUACGAGACAUUGGAUGCGGAAGAUGUGGCUGCCAUAGCAAACGGUAAAUAACACGGGAUUGAGUAAACGAGACUUUACUGGCGACUCGAAGAGAUUGACGAAAGAAUCGUAAUCUAAGCGCGAUUUGAGAAUAGAUUUAUCGAGAAGGUAGGAACUACGAAUAAUUGUACAAUUGAGCGUAACGUCUGAUAACAUCUGAAUCUUAUAUUUUGUACAAGGCCUUUGUAGCUUUGUACGAGAGACAUAUUAAAAUACAUUUGAAAGUUGCGUGUCGCGGAUACGCGAUCCCUUCUUUUUGGAUCAACCGUCUUCUUCUCUUCGGUAAUAAUAAUAUAAAAUGUAAAUAGUACGUCAUUGCACACAACUACGUACGAUUGCCUACAAAAUGGGUGCUGUUGGUAUUAAUUGUGCUGCUGCCGUAUUAUUUAAUUAACUAUAUAUGUAGUAAUACUAUAUAUAUAUAGUUAACAUUUAUAAUAUAUAAAAUAUAUAAAAAGACCACCACUAUAUAUGCAUUAUUAUAUUUCUAUUUUAAAUUGAUAGACGCUCAUUUUUAAUACAACAGCACCUGUGUUUCGAUAGGAUGCCUACCGUUGAUCAGAUUUCCACCACUGAUUAUUAAUUAUCGCGAAAAAGAUGCAGCUUCUUUCGUACAUUGUUGUUGCAAUUUUUUAACGGAUACGUGUAUUCAAAAAGCAGACAGAAAAAACAAUUGUUGGUCUAAAAGAGUUACGUUUUCGAUCGAAACAGUGAUCUUUCCCUCGCAGUUCUUAUUUCUAGUCUGCAUGCAUUAAAACAAAAUUAACUGAUAACGCUGAAAUUUUUUUUAAUAACAAUGGCAAUUGUUGAGAUUACAGUUAUUAGCGAAUUAAUUUUAUCUUCCCCUCGACUGUAUUUAAGGUUCAGAAAAUAUCGUCGAGCAUGGAAAUAUACCAAAAGCUUUGAUUUACCGUUAAUAAAUAAUACAAAUGCAAAUUACAAUGUAUAUAUUACGUAGUAUGUAAUAUAUAUAUAUAUAUACACAGAUAUUUAUUACAUCUCGAGAUCAUGCUUUCAUUUCAUGCUUUCUUGCUUCCUUUUAACGUCCAUAAUAAUUUUUAAUUUUUAAUCGUCCUCUAUAUAUCGUCUUUCUAUAUAGGGUCUUUCUAUAUGAGUAAUAUAAAUUUAUUAUAAUAUAAAAAUAGUACACAUUAUGAUUUCGUCGAA